GCUCCGCCCCUUUGUCCUCCUCUUCCUAUCCCUGCGUGCGUGAUAGCGGCUCCUGCGGCUGCGUAAGGGCGGGCCUCGAGUGCGCGCGUGCGCGAGGGAGAAAGUGUGUCUCGAGGCCGGCCGGUAUCGCCGCCUGUGUGUCUGUGGGUGUGUGUGGGGCGCCUUGAGGCGCGCCGCCGCCUGUCGCCUCAGCGGUAUGGAGGAGUCCCCUGAAGAAGAGGCCUCCGCCUCGCCCUCUUCGAGCGCCCGCGUAGGAACCGGCGGCGGCCGGCUGGGCGGCUCCCACAAGCGCUAUGUGGCGCGGGCUGGCUCUGACGAGGAGCCCCUUAUCGCCGCUGAGGCGGCGGCGGAUGAAGACGGGCCGCCUCAGCCGCCGCCUCCUCCUCCUCAGCCGCUUGAAUCUCCUCAGCCGCUUGAAUCUCCUCAGGCGGCGAUUGAGACGGCCCCGCCCUCCCUGCUGCUGCUCCUGCCGCUGCCGUCGUCGGGCUCCGAGGGCGCGGCUGCGGGUUCGGACGGGCCUCCGGUGCGCCGCCCGCCGCCUCAGCGCCGCCCGCAGCAGCAGCGCCACCCGUCCCCGCACCGCGCUACUUCCCCCCCGCACAGGCGGCGCCGGCGCCGCAGCAACCGCCUGCUGCUCCUCGACCCCGGCGGAGGCGGCGCGCUCAUGGGAGGCGGCGGCGGCGGCACGCUAGUCUACUCGACCCUCGGCCGCGGCGAGGAGGACGACGAGGAAGAAGGCGGCUCGGAGGAGGACGAGGAGGAGCUGGACGAGGAGGACGAGGACGGCGACGAGGAGGGCGUGGAGGAAGGCCGAGGGGGCGGGCUGGGCAGCAGCGAGAGCGCCGGCAGCGGCCUCUCGGUGGCGGCCUGCGGUGUGGGCGCGCCGGAGCCCCGCAAGCGAGCCCGGGGAUUGGGCAGCCGCGCCGCCUCCACCACCUCGACCUCGUCGUCGGCCGCCGCGGGCCGGUGCUACGAGGUGGUCCGCGAGCUGGGGCCCGAGGAGGUGCGCUGGUUCUACCGCGAGGAGCGCAAGAGCUGGAAGCCCUUCAUCGGAUACGACUCGCUGCGCAUCGAGCUGGCCUAUCGUGCCCUGCUGCUCCUGGAACGGCAGAGCACGCCCGGCGGCGCCAGCAGCCCAGAGGGGUUCCCCCCUGCCCCGGGCAGCCCGUCCCCGGAGCCGGUGUGCGUCCGCGGAGGCCUCUACGAGGUGGAUGUCGCCAACUCCGAGUGCUACCCCGUCUAUUGGAACCAAUCUGAGAAGAUUCCUGUGAUGCGUGGGCAGUGGUUUAUUGAUGGCACAUGGCAGCCCCUGGAAGAAGAAGAGAGCAAUCUGAUAGAAGAGGAACAUCUCAGCUGUUUCAAGGGGCAGCAGUUGCAAGAGACCUUUGACACGGAAGUAUCAAAACCUUUAGAUGGAAAAGAGGUUGUCUACCACCUUCCUCCCUUCUCCCUCCCUUCUCUGUUCAAAUGGAGAGGACAUAAGGAGAAUACAGAGGCUUCAGGGCUUAAACGCAAGUGGCCUGAAGCUGUUCAUAGUUUGAAGCUGAGUCGCAACCAUGUGGACUGGCAAAGUGUGGAUGAAGUGUAUCUUUACAGUGAUGCAACUACUUCCAAAAUUGCAAGAACCGUCACUCAGAAGCUAGGUUUUUCCAAAGCUUCAAGCAGUGGGACAAGGCUUCACAGAGGCUAUGUUGAAGAAGCUACAUUGGAAGACAAGCCAUCGCCAACAACUCACAUUGUAUUUGUUGUACAUGGCAUUGGUCAGAAAAUGGACCAAGGAAGGAUUAUCAAAAACACCGCCAUGAUGCGGGACACUGCAAGGAAAAUAGAAGACAAAUACUUCAGCAACCUUGCUACACAUGUCGAGUUCCUGCCAGUUGAAUGGAGAUCUAAGCUUGCGCUCGAUGGAGACACUGUUGACUCUAUUACUCCAGAUAAAGUCCGUGGCUUGAGGGACAUGCUUAACAGCAGUGCAAUGGACAUAAUGUAUUACACAAGCCCCCUCUACAGAGACGAGCUGGUGAAAGGCCUUCAACAGGAGCUGAAUCGAUUGUAUACACUUUUCUGUACUCGGAAUCCAGAGUUCACAGAAAAGGGCGGCAAAGUAUCAAUCGUCUCACAUUCCUUAGGAUGCGUAAUCACAUAUGACAUUAUGACAGGAUGGAAUCCAGUCAGACUGUACGAACAGUUACUUGAGAAGGAGUAUGAUGAUCUUGAGGACGCUUGGAUGAGUUACGAGGAGCAGCAUUUGCUAGAAGAGUUUUAUUUAACGAAGCGGCGACUGAAGGAGAUAGAAGAGAGAUUGCAUGGACUGAAGACAUCCACCUUAUCCAAGACCCCUGCCUUAAAAUUCAAGGUUGAGAAUUUCUUCUGUAUGGGAUCUCCAUUAGCAGUGUUUUUGGCCUUGCGCGGCAUCCGUCCCGGAAACAGUGGAAGUCAAGAUCACAUUCUGCCCAGAACUAUUUGUAACCGGUUGCUAAACAUUUUUCAUCCAACAGAUCCAGUGGCCUAUAGACUAGAACCUUUAAUUCUGAAGCACUAUAGCAACAUUUCUCCUGUCCAGAUCCACUGGUAUAACACCGCAAAUCCUUUACCUUAUGAGCACAUGAAGCCAAGUUUCCUCAACCCGGCAAAAGAAUCUACCUCAGUCUCUGACAGUGACUCUCCCACAACGUUACCUAGCCCAGCGACAUCACCUGUCAUGGCUCGGCGGCACUAUGGAGAGUCCAUAACCAAUAUAGGCAAAGCCAGUAUAAUGGGAGCUGCCAGCAUUGGGAAAGGCCUCGGAGGGAUUCUCUUCUCCAGAUUUGGACGGUCCAAUGCUGCCACCUCGCCGGCACUCGAGUCAGGAAAAGAAGGGACAGAAGUCGAGGAGAAGAAGCCAACCCUGAGUCAGGCAUCCAUCGGGACUCAGACAUUUCCACAUAGCAGCUCCGGCUUCCUAGACCCGACAUUGGAGCUGGAGCACAGGAUCGAUUUUGAGCUCCGGGAAGGCCUGGUGGAGAGCAGGUACUGGUCUGCCGUCACGUCACACACAGCUUACUGGUCGUCCAUGGACAUUGCUCUCUUUCUCCUCACCUUCAUGUACAAGCAGGACCAAGAGGAGGAGGUGGAAGAGGAUGGCCUCAAGCCACACUUAGAAUCCGUUUGAUUUUAGCUGGGGGAGGGGAAGGGGGGGGAAGAGAGAUGAAACUUGACAAAUGGCACGAAACAGUCUUAAGUGCAGCAUCUGUUUAAAUGCGUGCCUGGGUUUCUUCCUUCCCAGGCUGUUUGUCCUUCAAGGCACGUUUCCAGUUCUGUGCUCGUUGAGGCUUUCCCAAAAGGCAAGCUCUCAUUUCCCACUUACAGCCAGCAGUGGCUGUGUCAGCAUCCGUGCUAGGGUGACCAUCUCCCCAGGUUAACACAACUGCUGUUUUAGCAGAGUUGGGGUUUUUUUUAAAAAAAAUCCGAAGAUGACUGCUAAAAUGGAAUUCAUCUUCAUUUAAGAAAAAUGCCUGCCAGCGUAAAACAGCCAUGUUCUGCUUCCUUUGUAUUGGUAAACAAGAAGCAAGUGGGUAUCACUGUUCUAACCUGAAGUCUGUUGCUCCUGGUUCCACGGAAAUUCCUUUGAAGCAGCAGACACAAAGAAGGGAGUGUGCUAACACAACUCGUCCAGAAACUAAACCUGGUGCACACGCAUGAGGCUAAUACUUUGAAAUACUGUAAUUAUAAUUUAUUUUACGUCUGACUAACCAUUUUGUUUUAUUCCAGUGGUUUUUUGUUUGUUUUUGUUUAGGGAUGGACAUAAUUUAAAGAACCACUUUUGUUUUCUACAGUGUUAAUACUUAUUCCUCAGAUAACAUAUCUUUGUACUACUCAAAAGGAGCUAUAGACACUGUGGCACACUUUUCAGUAUUUUUUCAUUAAAAUAAACCUUUGUGGAUCACACAAA